ACUACCGACACUCUCCCUCUUCUUCAAAAAACAAAAAACACAUUCUAUAACAAAAACACAAAACACAAAAACACACAUUCCAUCAAAGUAAAACUCCCUCAGAUCUCUGUGAUUUCCAGUUUGAUCGAUCUUAUUGAUUUACAAUGUACGGGAGGGAUCCAUGGGGAGGACCACUAGAAAUAGCAGCAGAUUCAGCAACAGACGAUGAUCGUAGUCGAAACCUUCAAGACUAUGAUCGAGCUGCUCUUUCUUCUUCACGACAACUUGAUGAAACUCAACAAAGUUGGCUUCUUGGUCCUGCUGAGCAAAAAAAGAAGAAAAAAUAUGUUGAUCUUGGUUGCAUUAUUGUUAGCCGUAAGAUCUUUUUUUGGACUGUCGGCUCUAUCUUAGCUGCUGGUUUACUUGCUGGUCUUAUUGCUUUAAUUGUUAAGCUUGCUCCUCGUCAUCAUAAACCUCCUCCUCCUCCUGAUAAUUAUACUCAAGGUCUUCAUAAGGCUCUUAUGUUCUUCAAUGCUCAGAAAUCGGGGAAAUUACCGAAGCACAACAAUGUGUCGUGGAGGGGUAACUCGUGUUUGGAGGACGGGAAGGGUGAAUCCGGCACUUUUUACAAGGAUCUUAAGGGUGGUUUCUAUGAUGCUGGGGAUGCCAUCAAGUUCAACUUCCCUAAGUCUUUUGCUAUGACCAUGUUGAGUUGGAGUGUGAUUGAGUAUAGCGCAAAGUAUGAGGCUGCAGGAGAGCUCAAUCAUGUUAAGGACAUCAUCAAGUGGGGAGCUGAUUACUUUCUCAAGACCUUUAAUUCGACAGCUGAUUCUAUUAAUAGUCUUGUGAUGCAGGUUGGGUCUGGUGAUACUUCUGGUGGAAACACAGCACCUAAUGAUCAUUACUGCUGGACGCGUCCUGAAGACAUUGAGUAUAAACGACCAGUAGCAGUGUGUAGCAGUUGCUCGGACCUUGCUGCUGAAAUGUCUGCUGCUUUGGCUUCAGCUUCUAUAGUUUUUAAGGAUAACAAGGCAUACUCCCAGAAACUUGUGCAUGGCGCUAAAACACUAUACAAGUUUGCAAGAGAACAAAGAGGCAAAUAUAGUGAAGGCAAUGAGGCGGCUACAUUCUACAACUCUACCUUGUAUUGGGAUGAAUUUGUGUGGGGUGGAGCGUGGUUAUAUUACGCUACUGGAAAUAAUUCCUAUCUUUACAUUGCAACCCAUCCUAAAAUGGCCAAGCAUGCUGGUGCAUUCUGGGGAGGCCCAGAUUAUGGUGUGCUCAGCUGGGACAACAAGCUUGCUGGAGCUCAAGUGCUUCUUAGUCGUCUAAGACUGUUCCUGAGCCCUGGUUAUCCUUAUGAAGAAAUUCUCUCGGCCUUUCACAACCAGACUGGCAUAAUUAUGUGCUCCUACUUGCCAUAUUUCAACAGCUUUAAUAGAACAAAAGGUGGUUUGAUCCAAUUGAAUCAUGGACGUCCUCAACCUCUUCAGUAUGUAGUAAAUGCCGCAUUCUUGGCUACCCUUUACAGUGAUUAUCUCGAGGCUUCUGAUACACCUGGCUGGACAUGUGGUCCUAAUUUCUACACAACAGAUGUAUUGCGUCGAUUUGCCCGCACACAGAUUGAUUACAUUCUUGGCAAAAAUCCUCGAAAAAUGAGCUAUCUGGUCGGCUUCGGUAAACACUACCCAAAGCACGUACACCACAGAGGUGCAUCUAUACCAAAGAAUAAAAUCAAGUACAGCUGCAAAGGUGGUUGGAAAUGGAGGGACACUAAGAAGCCAAACCCAAACACCAUAGUAGGAGCCAUGGUUGCAGGUCCCGACAGGCACGAUGGUUUCCGUGAUGUACGUACAAACUACAAUUACACGGAGCCCACACUUGCGGGGAAUGCGGGUUUGGUUGCUGCUCUUGUUGCCCUUUCUGGUGAUAAGAGUGUUGGAAUUGAUAAGAACACUAUGUUCUCUGCAGUGCCUCCCUUGUUCCCAAAUCCUCCUCCUCCUCCCGCACCUUGGAAACCCUGAUGAGUGUGCAUGGACAUUAUCAUGGAGAUGUAUGGUAUUAAUUGUAGGAUCGCUCGGAUCUGAAAUAGUACUUGAAAAGAGAAUGCAAUAUCAAGGAGAUGCCUCAAAUGCAUAUCCUGAUGCCAUAUCCUAAUGCUAUAGAGGAAAAGUUGUACUUUGAUGUGCUCGAAGAUGUUGGUGACGGAGUGACUUAGGCUUUUUGGGAGUUCCUUUUUUGUUGUUAUACUUCCGUGUAUAUGUAUGAUAUAUUCGUUCAUGUAUUCUUUUGAAAACCGAAAUACUUAACAGUGUGAAGCUGAUCAAAGUGAUAAAUCACUAUGUUGUCCAUUGAGAGAACUGAUUAUGUGCCCUUUUUGUUCAAUUUGUAGCUACUCCUAUAAUGAUGACUUGUAUAAAAGCAUUACGGUGCAAAUGAACAGGAGCAAUAUAUGCUGUUAAGAUGAACAAUUUUAAACAUUCA